GUCCAGCAGAGGGAGAGCGCGCUCCUGCUUCAGCUCUGUCUGUCAGACGAAGAAGAAACAUCGCAUGUGAAGUUUAGAGAGUGAAGACAGCACGCUUUAUUUUGAGUUAAACCGGCACACAGCGAGUAUCUUCCCGCGGAGCAGCAGGAUGAGUGCGUCCAUGCCGCAGAAGCGCUAUUACCGGCAGCGCGCGCACUCCAACCCCAUGGCCGACCACAGCUUCCUGUACCCGGUGUGCCCUGAGCAGAUGGACUGGUCUCAGCUGUAUCCGGAGUAUUUCCGGCCGCUGGGCGGAAGCGGGAAACCGGAUAAACACAACGCGCAGGUGGAGUUCGCUGACAUCGGCUGCGGAUACGGAGGACUUCUGGUUGAGUUAUCGAAGCUGUUCCCCGAGCAGCUGAUUCUGGGUCUGGAGAUCCGGGUGAAGGUCUCAGACUACGUCCAGGACCGCAUUCGCUCUCUGCGAGCGGCUGAGCCCGGCAGCUACCAGAACAUCGCCUGCCUGCGCAGCAACGCCAUGAAGUACCUGCCCAACUUCUUCACCAAGGGACAGCUCAGCAAGAUGUUCUUUCUCUUUCCGGAUCCACACUUUAAGAAAACCAAACACAAGUGGCGCAUUAUUAGCCCUACGUUACUGGCGGAGUAUGCGUACACGCUCAGAGUCGGGGGUUUAGUGUACACAAACACUGAUGUUGAGGAGGUUCACGACUGGAUCGUCAAGCACUUCAGCGAUCAUCCUCUCUUCUGCAGAGCGUCUGAUGAAGAACUGGCUGAUGACAUCAUCAUUAGCCAUCUGGGAACGUGUACGGAGGAGGGAAAGAAGGUUCAGAGAAACGGAGGCAAGAAUUUCUUAGCAGUUUUCCGCAGAGUGGAAGAUCCUCAAACGUGACGCUCCUCGAAUGAAGCCGCCGCACUGUAAUUGCUUCUAUUUCCGACGAUUUGAUUUAUGAAUGUGAAUAAACACUGUUCUUUACA